AUGGCUCAACAUGAUGACCUCGGGCAGAAUGUGGUUAAUGGAAACAAAGUCAUCAUAGAGGAGAUGAAGAAAUUGGUCAUCGACCUCGGGUUUCCGGGCAGCGAAGACGUUGUCAACCCUUGGGACAGGUUUCUUUUCCGCUGGCGGUGGUAUCUGUACAAGCCAAAGAUGACAGCGCUGCGGCAGGAGCUCGAUUCCAUCAAAACUUCCAUGACGCUAUUCGUUUGCAUGGUGGAUCUUGAAAAGAAGAUGAAUGAUCCAACUGAUCGAAUCAGUGAGGCUUGUAUCACCCUCGAAGAGCAAAUCUUUGAGCUGAAGAAGCUGUUGAAGCUGCAGAAAAAGGAGAUCCGAAAGACCCGGGAACGGCUCGAUUACGUCGACGAGAAGAGAAUGCCAGCUUUGACCGUCGACAGGCAGAUUUGGGAUCUCGCAAACGAACAGCAUCGAAGAUUGGAGCCAUUGCGACGGCAAAGACGGAUCGAACAACUGGGACCACUGCAAUCUCGAUGGCCGAACGAUUCGGGAACUUCCUUUACAUCUCAAGGGGAUACGAAGCCCAAGGAUCCGAGUGGUCCAAACGACUAG